AUGCAGGCGCUCGCUGAUGAAACUUUCUUGCAGCCUCUUCAGCUCGGUGUGCAAGCAAGCAAGCAAGCGACUUGCUGCUUUUCUAGCAGAGCCCACGGCCCUUCCUAUCAGAUCUUCAUUGCACCAUCCACCAAGUGCUGCCCUGAGCAUACUCCCGCAGAAGACGUCACGUCGGCCCUGGUCCUCGGCCAACGACCCGAUUGCAGAACCACGGACCAUACACAAGACGUUAUAGACCCCCUUCUAAUCCUUGUCAGCCAGCAAGAUUUCACGAGGGUCGCUAGCCUGUCACUGCAGCAUGAGGUUGCACCGGAUGGCCGUAGCCAUGCUGAGCAUUAUGAUGCGGCGAGUAAACUGCAGCCGGCAGCAUCAAUGUAUCCAGUGCCUUCACUCCUGACCCCCAUAUUGCUCGGCCUGUUGCCUCUGAAGUUCGGCAAGCAGAUCCAGAAGCGCCAGCUUGAGGUACCAGAGUAUGCCGCCAGCUUCGUAAACUACAAGGCUCUGAAGAAGCUCAUCAAGAGGCUCUCUGCCACCCCGGUGCUCAGCGCGCAAACCGAUCCUUUUCAUCCUACCACUCCUAUAGAUUCGCAAGCUGCGUUGCAAGCGAACAGAGCAAAGUUCUUCUUUCAGCUAGAAAGAGAGCUCGAGAAAGUCAAUGCAUUCUACCUACAGAAGGAAGCAGAGCUCAAAAUCCGGCUCAAGACCUUGCUAGACAAGAAGAAGGUACUUCAAUCUCGCCAGGGUGUAUCAAGGAGAUCUGCCAAAUUCACCACUCUUCAAGAGGGCUUCCAGCAAUUCGCGAAUGACCUCAACAAGCUGCAGCAAUUUGUUGAAAUCAACGGCACUGCCUUCUCCAAAAUUCUGAAGAAAUGGGACAAGACCUCAAAGUCUAAGACAAAAGAGCUCUAUCUGUCACGAGCGGUUGAGGUUCAGCCAUUCUUCAACGCCCCCGUCAUCAGCGAACUAUCGGAUCAAGCAACAACUAGUUUACAAGAACUAGGAGCUUGGGCCGAGGGUGAUAAUGUCAGUUUCGAGGUUCGUCCUGAGCACACGGUGAGCAGUCAACACUUGCUUGGAACAGACGAGGGCGAUGCCGACUCCUUACUCCUCGACACUGCCAUCUCUGGCAACCUUGAAUCGCUGCAAGACCUUCUUACGAGAAUGCGGAACGCGUCCAAUUCCACAGCUGCCAUGGAGACAUCGUUGAUGGAAAGAGUGACUCGGACAUUCCUGGCUGCAAUACAUGAGGCACCCCAGGCCUCUCUUGAAGUCCUACUGGCCACUGGACUUGUCGACGUACAGUCCGAAGACGACAUCAACGAGCGGAACUGCCUGCACCAAUCCACCAUUUACGGAAACUCCUUUGUCCUCAACGUUGGCCUGUCUGGAGGAGUAGCGGUAAGCAGAACCGACGUCUAUGGUCGAGUACCGCUUCACUAUGCGAGCAUGCAUGGGCGUCUUGACAUGCUCAACGCCUUAAUUGAAGCCGAUUCCUCGACCGUUGACCUGAUCGAUCACGACAACUUCACACCUUUGAUCCAUGCAAUCAUUCAUGGACACCUGGCUUGCGUAGAGCGACUACUGGUAGCCACUUCGCGGUUAGAUCCAAAGUCAGAUACUGAUCACGUACCCCUGAAUCUGGCUUGUGAACACGGAUCGGUUGCCAUAGUGCAGCUUCUUUUGCAGAACGGUGCCAAGAUUAUGCCUGAUGCAGAGGGUUUAUACCCGCAACAUCUUGUUGCUCGAUCUGGACAGACACCGCAGCUGCUGCUUUUGUUGAAGCAAUUUGGCGCGGACCUCGACCAGAUCGACAAGCUGUAUGGCUGGACACCACUUGUUCACGCGGCGAGUGAGGGGAACGUGCCAUGUCUUCAGGAGCUCCUCAACAUUGGGGCGAAUCCCAACAUACUUGACGAGAAGGACUUGCCGGCCAUGUAUUAUGCUGCCUGGGAAGGCCACCUGGCUUGCAUGAAGCUCCUCUCGCCAUAUCAGAAGAUCAAGUCUUCAAGCCCCAUGGGACUAGGAGCAACGGGGGCUCCCCAGUUGACACCUAUGGGAAGUGGAAAUGGACCUAUUCCAAUGUCUCUUGACCCAGAUGCUAUCCCAGUUCUGGAAUUACCGCCACCGAUCAUACCACUCCGCAGAUACGGCCACAAUUUCUUGGAUACCAAGACUGUUGUUCAGAUCAGCUUCGAAGUGCACAGGGACCAACCCCUAGUGUUUUUCCACGACAGCAAGUAUCCCGCCGCGCGCCUUACCAUCUCGUCCAAGGUCUCUGAUCUCAUACCGAAAAACAUCAUACUUCCCUUCCAGGAGGACACACGGCUGGUCUCGUUCCAGGUUGAGGAUCUGGAUACUUUCUCUCUCGAUUUCGAUGUGUUCCCCGCCUACGGUGCCAAGGUCAUCGCCAAGACGGUGGCACUUCCAAGUACCCUAUGGGCGUCACUCCGCAGCUCUGGCCGCUGUUGCCUUCCCCUUUUCGACCCCCGCCUGAGGGCCAUUGGACAGAUCAGUUUCAAUACGCAAGUCAUCAAGCCAUUCCAAGGGACCCCCCUGGAAAUCACCGACUUCGAAACGUACUGGAAGGCCACAAGCCAACUCGAGUCGCAUCAGACCAUGUUUGUGACAGGGUCGAGUUUGUCGGGAGACUUUGUGCAGCUUUUCGUUCAAUCCACGAACGAUGGGAUACCGGUCCUCUGGCCGAGAUGGCACGUCAGCUGCGGCGGCGUUGACAUACCCGUGUCCCGCCUAUCUUUCCAGCAGUUCACCACAGUGGCGGCGCAGAGUUCGAGUCGUGCACAUCUCUCGGCUGUCUCAUCACUGUCCCAGGACAACAUUGUAGACAUUCAUCGCAUUCUGGCUACCGCAGGAAUCUCACUCCAAGAAGCCUUGGCAAUCCUGCCAGCGACCAUGCAUGUCAACCUCCAAAUCAUAUUUCCGUCAGAGGAAGAAGAGAAGAGUUUCGACUUGGGCCCAUCUGUUGACGUCAAUAAUUUUGUCGACGCUGUUCUGGGGGUCGUCUUCGACCAUGCCCGAUCUCAACGGGUCCAGUCCCGCGCAUCCGAGGUCGUCCGCUCCGUUGUCUUUAGCUCCUACAACCCGACUCUCUGCACGACCCUCAACUGGAAGCAGCCCAACUUCCCCGUGUUCCUCUGCAACGACCUUGGUCGCGAGGGACCUGAGAUGCCCGGCCCUCAUGUGAUCCAGAGCAGCGGGCGUCGGACGUCGAGCAUCAAGGAGGUUGUCCGGAUCGCGCAAGGUAACAACUUCAUGGGCCUGAUCUGCUCCUCGCGGCUCUUGGACAUGGUGCCGGCGCUUGUGGACGCGAUCAAGUCUCAGGGGCUGGCCUUGGUGGUGGACAAAUCAGCUGAGGCACCCGUUCAGCCACACCCCCUGGCCGAUCCGUUCCCACGCCUUCCGAAGGGGGUUGAUGGGUUGGUGAAGCAUAACGGCGUCUUGCGGUUUAAUGAGUCAAUAGACGUGUAA